AUAACCUUAAUGGAUGAUGAAUUAAAUGUAACAUAUUUAACUUUUGGUGGGCAUGUCGAAGUGGACAAAUAUAGAUAUGUUUAUUUUUUCAUCAUAUUUACAGUUUAUAUUCUAAUAAUCUGCAGUAAUUGUACUAUUGUGUAUCUUGUUUGGAUUCAUGAAGACCUCCACGAGCCUAUGUACAUUUUCAUUGCAGCUUUAUUACUGAACUCUGUUCUUUUCAGCACUGCCAUUUACCCAAAGCUUUUAACUGACUUUUUAUCUGAAGAACAGAUCAUAUCCUACUCAGCCUGUCUCUUUCAAUUUCAAAUAUUUUACUCUUUAGGUGGUGCAGAAUUCCUACUCUUGGCAGUCAUGGCCUAUGACAGGUAUGUGUCUAUCUGUAAACCUCUGCAAUAUCCAACUAUCAUGAACAAAACAACCAUCAGUAUUUUCUUGGUUGUAGCUUGGCUUCUCCCUGCUUGUCAGCUUACAGUGCCAACUGUACUGACUGCCAAUGAAGAACUUUGCAGCUUUAUUUUAAAUGGAAUCUUUUGCAACAAUGCAGUUUACAAAAUUCAAUGUGUGAUCUCCAGAGCACGUAUUAUUCGUGAUAUGAUCAUACUGCUUAAUGUUGCACUCCUUCCUGUUCUCUUUAUACUUUUCACAUACACCAGGAUACUUAUAAUAUCUUAUAGAAGCAGCAGAGAAGUCAAGAAAAAAGCUGCACAGACCUGUUUACCUCACUUAAUAGUUUUGAUAAACUAUUCCUGUUUGUGUACAUAUGAUGUUAUUAUUGUCGGACUGGAAUUAGAUCUUCCAAAGAUUGUAAACUUAAUAAUGACUUUACAAGUGAUUUUGUAUCAUCCUCUCUUUAAUCCAAUCAUGUAUGGAAUGAAAAUGAAAGAAAUCUCUAAACAUCUCAAGAGGUUGUUCUGCCAGACCAAAACAAACUAA